GAGGAAGAGGAUGGCAGGGCCGCAUCCCAGCCUGCGGACCAGGCUCCUGCUGGCCGCCCUGCUGAGCAUGAGCCUCCCUGGGCACAUGGCUAACCGUUGCAAAAAGGCCCCGGUGAGUAGCUGCACAGAGUGCAUCCGCGUGGACAAGGACUGCGCCUACUGCACUGACGAGAUGUUCAAGGACAGACGCUGCAAUACCGUGAUAGAGCUGCUGGCCGCAGGCUGCCGGCAGGAGAGCAUGGUGGUCAUGAAUGGCAACUUCAAGAUCACAGAGGAGACCCAGAUCGACACCACCCUGCGACGCAGCCAGGUGUCCCCCCAGGGCCUGUGGGCCCGGCUGCGGCCGGGCGAGGAGCAACACUUCCGGCUGGACGUGUUCGAGCCCCUGGAGAGCCCCGUGGACCUGUACAUCCUCAUGGACUUCUCCUACUCCAUGUCUGAUGAUCUGGACAACCUGAAGAACAUGGGGGAGAAGCUGGCUGGGGUCCUGAGCCAGCUCACCAGCGACUACACUAUUGGAUUUGGCAAGUUUGUGGACAAAGUGAGCGUCCCUCAGACAGACAUGAGGCCUGAGAAGCUGAAGGAGCCCUGGCCCAACAGUGACCCCCCCUUCUCCUUCAAGAACGUCAUCAGCCUGACGAGAGAUGUGAAGGAGUUCCGCAGUAAACUGCAAGGGGAACGGGUCUCAGGCAACCUGGACGCUCCUGAAGGAGGUUUUGAUGCCAUGCUGCAGACGGCCGUGUGCACGAUGGACAUUGGCUGGCGCUCCGACAGCACCCACUUGCUGGUGUUCUCCACCGAGUCGGCCUUCCACUAUGAGGCUGACGGCGCCAACGUGCUGGCCGGCAUCAUGAGCCGCAAUGAUGAGCAAUGCCACCUGGACGCCACGGGCACCUACACCCGGUUCAAGGCCCAGGACUACCCAUCUGUGCCCACCCUGGUGCGCCUGCUCGGCAGAUACAACAUCAUCCCCAUCUUCGCUGUCACCAACCACUCCUACAGCUACUAUGAUAAGCUGCACACGUAUUUCCCCGUCUCCUCGCUGGGGCUGCUGCAGGAGGACUCAUCUAACAUUGUGGAUCUGCUGGAGGAGGCUUUCAAUCGAAUUCGCUCCAACCUGGACAUCCGAGCCCUGGAAAGCCCCCGAGGCCUACAGACAGAAGUCACCUCCAAAAAGUUCCCAAAGACAGAGACUGGGUCCUUUCGCAUCCAGCGGGGAGAAGUGGGCACCUAUGACGUGAAGCUGCGGGCCAUCGAGCAUCUGGACGGGAAGCAUGUGUGCCAGCUGUCAGCUGCGGACCAGAAGGGCAGCAUCCACCUGAAGCCCUCCUUCUCUGACGGGCUCAGGAUGGACGUGGGCAUCAUCUGUGACGUGUGUCCCUGUGAGCUGCAAAAGGAGGUGAAGUCACCUCGCUGCAACUUCAGUGGCGACUUCAUGUGUGGACACUGCGUGUGCUAUGAGGGCUGGAGCGGCAAGACCUGCAGCUGCUCCACUGGCUUGCUGAGUGACACACAGCCCUGCCUGCGGGACGGUGAGAACAAGCCGUGCUCCGGGCGCGGCGAGUGCCAGUGUGGGCGCUGUGUGUGCUACGGGGAAGGCCGCUAUGAGGGUCCAUUCUGCGAAUUCGACAACUUCCAGUGUCCCCGCAACUCUGGGUUCCUCUGCAACGCCCGGGGACACUGCUCCAUGGGCCAGUGUGUGUGUGCGACUGGCUGGACAGGCUCAAGCUGUGAAUGUCCUCUCAGCAAUGCCACCUGCAUUGACAGCAAAGGGGGUAUCUGUAAUGGGCGUGGCAACUGUGAGUGUGGUCGCUGCCACUGCAAACAGCAGUCGCUCUACACCGUGGACAACACCUGUGAGAUCAGCCACUCAGCCAUCCGCCUGGGCCUUUGUGAGGACCUGCGUUCCUGCGUGCAGUGCCAGGCUUGGGGCACUGGUGAGAAGAAGGGGCAUACGUGUGAGGAGUGCAGCUUCAAGGUCAAGAUGGUGGAUGAGCUUAAGAAAGCCGAUGAGGUGGUGGAGUACUGCUCCUUCCGGGACGAAGAUGACGACUGCACCUACAGCUACACCGUGGAGGGUGAUGGCGCCCCCGGGCCCAACAGCACUGUCCUGGUGCACAGGAAGAAGGACUGCCCUCCCGGCUCCUUCUGGUGGCUCAUCCCCCUGCUCAUCUCCCUGCUGCUGCUCCUGGCCCUGCUGCUGCUCCUCUGCUGGAAGUACUGUGCCUGCUGCAAGGCCUGCCUGGCGCUUCUCCCUUGCUGCAACCGAGGCCACAUGGUGGGCUUCAAGGAGGACCACUACAUGCUGCGGGAGAACCUGAUGGCCUCCGACCACCUGGACACGCCCAUGCUGCGCAGCGGGAACCUCAAGGGGCGUGACACCGUCCGCUGGAAGAUCACCAACAACGUGCAGCGGCCUGGCUUUGCCACCCACGCUGCCAGCACAAACCCCACGGAGCUGGUUCCCUACGGGCUGUCCCUGCGCCUUGCCCGCCUUUGCACUGAGAACUUACUGAAGCCUGACACUCGAGAAUGUGACCAGCUGCGCCAGGAGGUGGAGGAGAAUCUGAGCGAGGUGUACGGACAGAUCACAGGCGCGCACAAGCUGCAGCAGACUAAGUUCCGGCAACAGCCCAAUGCUGGGAAGAAGCAGGACCACACCAUUGUGGAUACAGUGCUGACGGCACCCCGCGCAGCCAAGCACGCCCUGCUGAAGCUCACCGAAAAGCAUGUGGAGCAGGGAGCCUUCCAUGAGCUCAAGGUGGCCCCUGGCUACUACACCCUCACUGCAGACCAGGAUGCCCGGGGCAUGGUGGAGUUCCAGGAAGGCGUGGAGCUGGUAGAUGUGCGGGUGCCCCUCUUCAUCCGGCCUGAGGAUGAUGACGAGAAGCAGCUGCUGGUGGAGGCCAUCGAUGUGCCCAUGGGCACUGCCACUCUCGGCCGCCGCUUGGUAAACAUCACCAUCAUCAAGGAGCAAGCCAGUGGGAUUGUGUCCUUUGAGCGGCCUGAGUACUCGGUCAGCGGUGGGGAGCAGGUGGCCCGCAUUCCUGUCAUCCGGCGCAUCCUGGACAAUGGCAAGUCCCAGGUCUCCUACCGCACGCAGGACAACACAGCACUGGGCAACCAGGACUACAUCCCCACAGAGGGUGAGCUGCUGUUCCAACCCGGGGAGACCUGGAAGGAGCUGCAGGUGAAGCUCCUGGAGCUGCAGGAGAUGGACUCCCUCCUGCGGGGCCGCCAGACCCGCCACUUCCACAUCGAGCUCAGCAAUCCCAAGUUUGGGGCUCGCCUGGGCCAGCCCUACUCAGCCACUGUCAUCGUUGGGGACCGAGACGAACUGGACCGGAACUUCAUGAGCCAGACCGUGUCAUCAUCCCCCCGUGGUGACCUGGGUGCCCCACAGAACCCCAAUGCCAAGGCUGCUGGGUCCCGGAAGAUCCACUUCAACUGGCUUCCCCCUCCUGGCAAACCGACAGGGUACAGGGUGAAGUACUGGAUCCAGGGUGACUCUGAGUCCGAAGCCCACCUCCUCGACAGUAAGGUGCCCUCAGUGGAGCUCACCAACCUGUACCCAUACUGUGACUACGAGAUGAAGGUGUGCGCCUACGGGGCGCAGGGCGAGGGCCCCUAUAGCUCCCUGGUGUCCUGCCGCACCCACCAGGAAGUCCCCAGUGAGCCAGGGCGCCUGGCCUUCAAUGUCGUCUCCUCCACCGUGACCCAGCUGAGCUGGGCUGAGCCAGCCGAGACCAACGGCGAGAUCACAGCCUAUGAGGUCUGCUAUGGCCUGGUCAACGAAGACAACCGACCCAUCGGGCCCAUGAAGAAGGUGCUUGUGGACAGCCCCAAGAGGCGGAUGCUUCUCAUCGAGAACCUGCGUGAAUCCCAGCCAUACCGCUACACGGUGAAGGCGCGCAACGGGGCAGGCUGGGGGCCGGAGCGGGAGGCCAUCAUCAACCUGGCCACCCAGCCCAAGCGGCCCAUGUCCAUCCCCAUCAUCCCGGACAUACCCAUUGUGGAUGCCCAGAGUGGGGAAGAUUAUGAAAACUUCCUCAUGUACAGCGAUGACGUACUACGCUCCCCAGCUGGCAGCCAGAGGCCCAGCGUCUCUGAUGACACUGGCGGCGGCUGGAAGUUCGAACCCCUGCUAGGGGAGGAGCUGGACCUGCGGCGCGUCACGUGGCGGCUGCCCCCGGAGCUCAUCCCGCGCCUGUCGGCCAGCAGCCGGUGCUCCUCGGACGCUGCCGAGCCGCCCCGCGGCCCCCCGGACGACGGCGCCCGCGGGGGCGCGGGGGGCGCGGGCGGGGAGGGCGGCGGCCUGGCCCGCAGCGCCACGCCGGGGCCCCGCGGAGAGCACCUGGUGAACGGGCGGAUGGACCUCACCUUCCCGGGCAGUGCCAACUCCCUGCACAGGAUGACCUCAGCCACCACCACCUACGGCACCCACCUGAGCCCACAGCUGGCCCACCGUGUGCUGAGCACAUCCUCCACCCUCACUCGGGACUACCACUCGCUGACCCGCACGGAACGCUCCCAUCCGGCCACGCUGCCCAGAGACUACUCCACCCUCACCUCCCUCUCCUCCCACAGCACCCACUUGGGGGCAGGCCUGCCCAACACACCCACCCGCCUGGUGUUCUCAGCCCUGGGACCCACGUCUCUGAAAGUGAGCUGGCAGGAGCCCCAAUGUGAGCAGGUCCUGCAGGGCUACAGCGUGGAGUACCAGCUGCUGAAUGGAGGUGAGAUGCAUCGGCUCCACAUUCCCAGCCCCAGCCAGACUUCCGUGGUGGUGGAAGACCUUCUACCCAACCACUCCUACGUGUUCCGUGUGCGGGCCCAGAGCCAGGAAGGCUGGGGUCCAGAGCGUGAGGGUGUCAUUACCAUUGAGUCCCAGGUGCACCCCCAGAGCCCACUCUGCCCCCUGCCAGGCUCUGCCUUCACUUUGAGCACCCCCAGUGCCCCAGGCCCACUGGUGUUCACAGCCCUCAGCCCAGACUCCCUGCAGCUGAGCUGGGAGCGGCCACGCAGGCCUGAAGGGGAUAUCCUUGGAUACCUGGUGACCUGUGAGAUGGUCCAUGGAGGAGAGCCAGCUACCACAUUCCUGGUGGAUGGUGACAACCCUGAGAGCCGGCUGACGGUGCCAGGCCUACGGGAGAAUGUGCCCUACAAGUUCAAGGUGCAGGCCAAGACCACUGAAGGCUUCGGGCCAGAGCGUGAGGGUAUCAUCACCAUUGAGUCCCAGGAAGGAGGCCCCUUCCCACAGCUGGGCGGCCACGCCGGGCUCUUCCAGCACUCACUGCCAGGCGAGUACAGCAUUACCACCACCCACACCGAGCCCUUCCUGCUGGAUGGACUGACCCUAGGGUCCCAGCACCUGGAAGCAGGUGGCUCUCUCACCCGGCACGUGACCCAGGAGUUCGUGAGCCGGACCCUGACCACCAGUGGGACUCUCAGCACGCAGGUGGACCAACAGUUCUUCCAGACCUGAGCCCCCACCCACCCAGGCAGUGUCCGGGAACCUGGGCCCCCACCCUGCCUCCUCCCCCUGGCUCUGCCUUGGCUAACCCACCCUUGGACCCUGAGCAGCUCAGCCCAACUGCAUGCUGAUUACGGGACUGGCACCUCUGCCCAAGAGUAAGGGGUAGGUGUUCUCUGGGAGGUAGGAAGGGGGCCGAGGUCCCCAAAAGCCCUUUGAGCUGCCAUCCCAUCCCAUCCCCCAUGGCCCAAGCCCGUUCAUAACCAAAGAGCAAGGACCAGCAUGACAAGGACCCAGCUUUGUUCUGCCUUUAAUAAAAGAUUUUGGUACCACUUG